AUUUCGCCUUCUCGUCCGUGAUUAUGGCAGACAGAUGUGAUGUAGAAGUGAUUGUGAAACUUGGUGGCUGUGCGGUUACACAGAAGGAUACUUUUGAAACUGUUAAACAUGAUGCGAUUCUAGCAGCGGCCAAGCUGGUGAAACAGAUAAAUGGGAAGUGCAUUGUCAUACAUGGAGCCGGGUAAGGUUCUUUUAAAUUGUUCGAUCGCGAUAUAUAUGCACCAAUUUAUGCACCAAAAACGUAGGAUUUUAUGGUUUUGAUACAAUUUUAUGUGAAAAAUGUGAAUUUUGUAGCCUGUUGAAACAAAUCAUUGUUUACUUCCUGUUACUCGUCGUUAAAAAAUAGCAAAUAUUCCAGGACAAUCCACUUCAGGCUGCUUUCUUUCUCUCAGUCUGUGAAGCAGCCUCGGCGUUGCGUGACUGCCUUGACGGAGAGAUAUGUAUUUCUUUUAGUUGUUGAUUACGUUGUUUAGUUCAGUUCCCAUUGGGACCAUUAGAUCCUUUAUAAACCACUCCUCGUGAAUUUCACACCACUUGAAGCCGACCAGUUUACUCGUGGGUGCUUUUUUCGCUUUCUUAUGUAGGAGGUUUAUAUAGGUUUACCUAAGUUUAAUUUGUACUUGCAUGUUCGCAUCGCUUUUUUAAAAUGAUCUGACUCUGUUUAGUUUUUUAAUUUUUUGCUCAGCAUAACUUGUCAUCAUGUAUUUUUAAUCUAGCUUUUCUUAGUGCUCUGUAUCUGUAUUUUUUGCAUAUAUUCCUUGUUUUUGUUGUAACUUUCACUGGUAGUAUAAAAUUGAUUGCUUGCAGCUCCCUCCAUUUAUCAUUGCGUUGUUUUGUCUCGUCACACUUAUAACAGAAAUAUUUUCUAUUUGGCUGAGCGUAGCGAUAGAGAAUAGAACGGGAGUUUUGAGGGCAUCCAGAUUCAUAUCUCUCCAUUACUAUAAAUCCAUCGUAUAAAUCCUGAUUACCUCCGUGGAAGUGUAUCUGAGGUGAAAGGGUAGUCCCAGAGCACCCAGAGACCCCCCUUUCAGGGAGUUUCCCAGUCACCCUUAUCAUUAGAAAUACUGUAAACCACAUUUUAAGUGGAAAUUGGACUCUGUUGCAUUAGUAUGUUCCCUUAUAUUUACAAUCAACCUCAUUGCCAGGGCAUUUCAUUGCCCCACCCAUCCUGGUCGUUUUGGUAAUUUUUGUUUUUGUUUUUAUCCGUUGUUUUGGUCACUUUGGUCAUUUUUGUCCAACCUUGUUCUCAGCAGAUUCUCUCAUCUGAGAAAACUCUGGGAAAGAGGUUGAUAUUUUGUAUUUGCUUCUGCUCCAUGUUUUAGUUCAUUUGGGCACUUCCAGGCUCAUGAAUAUGGGACAGCUAAUGGAUUCACUGCAGAUGAUCCUGCAAAGGCCCGGAUUGGAUUUGCAAAGACCAGACUUUCAGUUCACAAGGUAUAAAAUAAUCUUUAAAAAAACUCUUAACAUUCACAGUUUCACAGUCAAAAUACUGAUGAGGUUCUAUCUACAAUUAAAAGUAUUGUCCUGACUGCAAUAGUCUUGUUCUAUCCUUGUUGACUUUUUGUUGACAUUAGCAAUUGUUGACAAAUCAGAAGAUGGCAGCUUUACAAAUCUGAUCCAUUUUUGUUUGCUCAACUGGAAUUCACCAUUUAACACACUUUAAUGGUAUAAAGAAGGUCUUAAUUAUAAGACUAAGAAGAAUAUUUUCUUAAAAUGUAAGUGUGCUUGUUUUCAAAACCUCUUUCCGAUAUACCAGCUACUGAUAUACCCUAUGAUUGGUCAAUUUGUGACAGUUUGAUAUUUCAACACUUACAUCAAUCAUUUGGCUUUGCAUGUCCAGAGUCUAACAAAUGUGUUGAGCAUGUGAAACCCUCUUAUGCUGCACCUUUUGACGUUUUGACAUUUUGACAUGAGAAAUGGCUUUGAAGGAAGUGGGCGGGGCAGUCGCCUUGAAUGAGGUAUUUGAAAAGAUGUUUACAGGCUCUCCCCUUCUCUCUUCCUGCUUUUUUUUGCCUCAUUCACUAUUUCACCACCAGCUCACAUUUUUUGUUCAUGUGCACUGACCGAGAGCCUGAUAGAGGCUACACCCAUCCCUGGCCCUUCCAAAAUAGAUCAUAAGCCCACUCAAUACCUCAUCAAAUGGUAAGACAUAUUAGUUUUGUGUAACAGUUCAAUGUUUGAUUCCUGUUUCAUCUUAUUUUUUAUGCAGUUACAUCACAUGAUCAUUGAAGUCUUUAUAGCUAACAACAUUCCAGCUUUGGGAAUUUCAGUAGGUAUUAAUCCUGCUAAAUAUUUUCUGGUGUAGAUAACAGAUGCUGUGGUUCAAUUUUAUGCCUGGUUCAACGUUUAUUUAUUAAUAUAUUUGUUUAGCAAUGUAUUAUAAUCAGUUUGAAAUAAAGAGACUUUAAACCAAGAAAAAAACAGAAUUUAACUACCACAGAGACCCUGCAUGUCCUGUAUACAUGUAAGGCAAGAAUCCAGGUAAAUUUCAGUAAGUAUCAAAUGUCAUUAUCAUCGUCAUUGUCAUUACCUGUUUGAGUUAGCAAGGAAAAUUUUCGCAGGCCACACAUCAUUUGCACUUUCCUUUAUUUUUGUUGUAGCCCUGUGGAUCCUGGCUGACAAGGGGAGGUAUUGUAACAAGGUCAGCAGUCAAACCAGUAGUGGAACUGUUAAGAAGUGGGUUUGUACCAAUACUUCAUGGUGACUGUGUUUUGGAUGAUGUACAAGGAUGUGCUAUUCUUAGCGGAGACAAAAUUAUUGAGGUAACUGACAGUUUUAUCAAUGUCUCAGUCAAUAUUUCAAGCAUGCAUUCCCCAAGGCAGGCAGUUUUGUUUUUUCUUCAGUCAACAGCAAAUUGCAUGGUGGGGCCAUCCAUUUGUACAAAAGCCCAGUUAACGUGGGCCCCCAAAAUAGUGUGCAAAUACCCCACCCAAACAGCAGUAUUUUUUAUAAUAACAUUUAAAGUCAUAGUGACCAGCAAAGAAAUUUGAGAUGGUAUCAAUCAAAAUUACCACCUCUAAAACCAGAAAAUGAUCAAAGUUUAGCAUUAAUUUUCUUGACUUGUAACAGACGGACAAGAAUACUCUCUGCUAGGUUAUGUUCUUUCCAAAAGAGGCACUUAAUAACACAAAAUUUCAAGCUGCAGUCUUUAAAAUUUACCUCUAAAUAAAACUGCAAAUCGUUCUGCUGCUCUCCUAUUCAGAUAGUUCAGUUUUGGUUGCUUUGUGAAGAUAAUCCUAUUUACGUGCUUAUCCAACCUUUUUCUUCUGAAAUGAAUGUAUUGUGGGAUGUCCAGAGGCUGGUGUUCACCGCACUAAUAAACUCAGAUCACUUUUCAAGGACGAAUAUCUUUCAGUGAGCCAGCUUUUGCUUGAGUAUUUUAAAAUUUAUGUGAAUUCGGUUAUGUGGGAAGAACUGACAAUGCCCCACCCCCCAGGUAGGCAUUUGAUGGUCACUCAUUAUGGUAACGCUCAACGUAACUUGACAAAUCCCCUAUCAGAAGGAAUUAGAGAGUGGACAUGCUUGGAAUUUACUAAGACCUUAACUAUACUAGGUGGGGUACUUUCAUAGGGUCAUUUGUCUGAAUACCAAGCUGCAGUUGUGCAUUAUAGAGCAUGUAUGCACUGUGGUCGUACAUGAAAAUACUAAAACAAUUUUAUCUUAUUCUGCAGAAUUUGGUAGAACAUUUGCGCCCAAAAAGGGUUGUAUUUUUGACUGAUGUUGAUGGAAUUUACGACAAACCUCCUGAAAAGGAAGGUCAGUGAUGCAGUUUUACCACUUGUUGAUAUUUCUUAAUUUUAGACUUUCAACUGUACCAACAAAUCAACUCCUUUGUACCACCAGCAAACAUGAACGACAGGUUCACGACAGGAGCCGAUUAGUCGCGCGUUUCCCCACUGAACAAAUGACUGUCCCGUAAAGGUGAUCUGUUCGUAAUUUAAUCAAAAGUCAUGCUUCAAGUUUUCUUAAUGUUUUGCUUGCCAAAUUUCUCGCGCUGGUACUCUGUUAAACUGAACACCUUAUUCAAUCACAAAUGAGCAUAAUCCUAAUGGCUUUACCACGUUUACUAGCCCACCUUCUCUUUUAUAACUUUCUAACUGGCCCCACUCAUCAUCCCCUACCCCACUUUUAAAUUGUCUCUGUUAUUAAUUUUGUAGAUGCUAAUUUGCUACGGAAAGUUUUCGUGAAGCCUGACGGGAAGUUAUCGGUUGCCAUAGCAACGUCGAUUCUGAAACACGACGUCACCGGUGGUGUCCUCGAGAAACUGCAAACGGCGACGAAUAUAAUUCAUAUUUCCGAAGGAAACACUCGCGUUUUUGUCGCAAACAUUACAUCAGAGGUUGCCGCAUAUUCUGCGUGUGUUCUGGGUAUUCUAGAGGGAAGUGGAACCGAGAUUACAGAGGAAAGGGCUUAAGACGUCACGAAAGAUGAACAUCUAGGUAAUCCUAUUCUCUACACCCUGCUAGCAGGACCAAAAAGUAACGCUGGGUGAAUGUACCUGCUUUGUUUAUAGCAGAAGUACACUAACAGCAUCACUAUUGGCUAAAGUCACCGUUAAAUGACGUGACUUUGAAGAUGCGAAUAGCCUAAAGGGAUGUCUUACGUGCGAUACGUCUACCAAAAAAAGGAGCUCUCAGUCAAGGAAAAGAAACACAGAAAAAGAGUGCGCCCGGACUUCACUCAGAAUAGAAAGCGUCAUCAGGUGACUGCUUGUUUGUAAAAUAUGUUAGCUCGGUCGGUGACAUACCUACCACAUACCGGAUAGCUUUUCGUGUCGACGUGAAAAGCUAUCUAUUACCAGCCUCCUCCUCAGGCGCUUCAUUUUCCGUAAGGUAGAGGCAAGCGACUGGUGAUGAGCCGCAAGGGACCAUGGAAAGGGUACAGUCGGCAGACGCCCGCUGUCUCCUUCCCGCCUUUCUUUGCGCGCACGAGAGAGACAUCUGGGCACGAGGCAGAUCCAUUACAGUAUGAACGACAACGGUACAUAAUCGAACAAGUCGUUCGCACACAUCAAACAUCGUGCCUCACUUCUGAAUAUUUACUUCCGUCUCACUGGGUUCCAGUCCUCUCUCUUACUCAUUUGCAUCCGUUACGGUCUAAUUAGCUGUUCACACUGCGACGAAGAGUGGCAGAAAACUAUCCAAUACGUAAAGAUCCACUUUCAAGAUCAGCGCGGCGCAGCUUCGCGCCGAAAUCAGCGUUCUUGUGUGUGAACAGAAGCCCUAUCACAGCCUCCUCCUCAGGCCCUUCGUUUUUCGCAUGGCAGAGGCGAGCGCGAAACAAGUGACCGGUGAUGAACCGCAAGGGACCAUGGGAAGGGUACAGACGGCAGUCUCGCCCGUUGUCUCCUUCCCGCCUUCCUUUGCGCGCACAUUUUCAUCAAAAGAGAGACGUCUGGGUACGAGGCAGAGCCCUAUCCGAUAUGGUUUUGUAUCGGUACAAGCGUCAACAUAGCCUUAGACUAUUUCAAAAGACUUGGGGCGUACUUUUAGAAUAUGUUAAGCAAAUACACAGCUCAUCAUCUUUCCCCC